GAAAUGACUACUCAAAAAAUUGUUUGGAAUGAGAAAUUACACAGUGUUUGGGAUAAAACUUACUUAUCUUUGAAUUCUAAUAUUCAUAAAACAAUUACUCAACAGGAAAAACAUCGAAAAAAAAAGAUUAGAAAAGAUUCAUCUCUCACAAAUAAUGAAAAGAAAUUUUUACUUGAUGAAUUACAGAAAGUAUUUGAUAAACAUAAAAUUGGGGAUAAUUCAUCUGGAAAUGAUGAAAUUGAUAAAUUAAUUCAAGAAUGUCAACAAAAAAUUGUUUCGCCCCGAUAUGUCAUUGAAUGGAUUAAUUAUGAUCAAUUAUCUGACGGAAGGACCAUUUCUACAGCAAUAUGGAAAGUUGGAUGCUAUGAUAAAUGGAAUUCAGAAAAACAAAUAUUGGAAAGACAAAAG